UUGACUGAAGUUAGAGUUGUUGGUGAUGUGCGAUGGCUAAGCGUCAGGCGAUAAAAGGCUGGGGUGCUAUGCACUGCGCGCGGCUUGUACUGCCGGUAUGCGCGUGUGCAUGCGCAUUGGCUAUGGCCGUCGUUGUCGACGCGCACGCCGACGUUGACACCUCUACCGGCAAUGGAGACAAUACACUCACCAAUUCAGUGGUAGAAGAGCCAGAAUUCACCGAUGUGAUACAAAAUGUGACGGUACCAGCAGGCCGCAGCGUUCGACUGGCAUGCUCCGUAAAAAAUCUUGGUUCCUUCAAGGUAGCGUGGAUGCAUUUCGAACAGUCGGCCAUUUUGACAGUUCACAAUCACGUGAUAACACGCAAUCCACGCGUCAGUGUGACCCACGACAAGCAUCGAACCUGGUUCCUGCACAUAUCGGAUGUACGCGAGGAGGACCGCGGUCGUUACAUGUGCCAGAUCAACACCGUCACUGCUAAGACCCAAUUCGGUUACCUGCAUGUAGUUGUGCCGCCGUCAAUCGACGACUCGUUGAGUUCGAGCGACGUUAUCGUCCGAGAGGGCGCCAACGUCACUCUGACGUGUCGCGCUAAUGGCUCUCCUAAGCCCACCAUCAAGUGGAAACGAGAUGACAAUUCAAAAAUCUCCAUCAAUAAAGGACACUCAGUUUCUGAAUGGGAAGGCGAGGUUUUGGAUAUGGCCAGAAUUUCACGUCUGGACAUGGGAGCAUAUUUAUGUAUAGCCAGUAAUGGAGUGCCGCCAACAGUGUCUAAGAGAGUCAAAGUUAGCGUCGACUUUCCGCCUAUGUUAUGGAUACCCCAUCAACUGGUUGGUGCACCGCUAUAUUACAACGUAACAUUGGAAUGUUUUACGGAAGCCUAUCCAACUUCUUUGAACUAUUGGACCCGCGAAGACGGUCACAUGAUACACGAGAGCUCUAAAUACCACAUGGAAAAUACUGUUGGGCUACCACAGUAUAAAACCCACAUGAAGCUACUGAUCAGGCAUAUUAUUACUGAGGACUAUGGGAUGUACAAAUGCGUGGCAAAAAAUCCUAGAGGCGAAUCUGAUGGAACUAUACGACUAUACACGUCAUCGCCACCAACUACAACUCCAGACCCGAGAUCGCUGACCACUCCUCCACCGUCAAGACCUCCGCGUCGAGACACACCACUUGUAGAUAAAGGAACGAAGUAUCAAUCGAACUUGAACGAGAUCGAUAAGGGGAAGCAAAAGUCUGACGAGGGUGGCGGGAAGACGCAUCUCAACUGGGUGGGCGGUGCAUCGCACGUUACAGAUAAUGCCGAGUGGAGAAGAGGCCAUCCAAGGAUUUUAUUUCUAGUCUACGCACUACUAAAAUUAUUAGGACUUUUUUAAAUGCACCUAAAUAAAGAUGGCAUAAGCGUAAAAUGUCUCGUCACUGUCCAUAAUAAAUGUUUAUGAUCAGCUUUAUUCCAUUGAUCUGUGCCGAUCUAUUCAACUGGUAAAAAACCUAAUGAAUAAUGAUUUAUAAAGCCAACUACACUUUUACAAAUAUACCUAUAUUUAUAUGCACUUAAAACUAUACUAUGAUGUAGAGUUCUAUCGUAGUCAAUUUUAUUUUGCACACAAUUUGCUACUAUGCCGUUAAACUAUACCUAUCAGGGAGUAUAUUUUAGAAUAUUAUGUCGCUUAGACUUUUGCUCUAAAAAGAGCUUAAAUCAGGAGACUUAUUUGAUAAAUUGGAAUCAAUGAAAUCGGAAAUCUCCUCGGAAACAGGUAACGUAGUUUUAAUCAAUUAGGGACACGUUUAAUUCUCACUCACGAGAGUAAGCACUUAAGUUAUAAACUGACGAUAUUUAUAUAUAUUGUGUAUAAAUGUUGUUGUUAAAUAUAUAUUAUAUACUAUAUUAUGUAAAAAGUUCCUUUAAAGUGAAUUUACGAUAUAGCAGAUUUAAUAAAUUGCACAUACCUAAGCAAAGGCCGUCUUAUUUUAAUUCCACCCCUUGUUUAUAUUUUUUGCUUGACGUGUUUCUCAUCAAACAUAAUAUAUAAAUCACUCAUAGUAAUGUAUGAGGAUUCUUAACAAUCUGCUAAAUCGUGAAACUUAUUUGAAAUUGAUGCACGUGUAAUGAUAUAACUAAAGUGCACUAUUAUCAUAAUGUUCAUUUUAUUUAAUAGACUAAGACUGAAUAAUAUAUUAUGUAAUUUAUUUUAAUGUUUAGCUUAUUUGGUCCUCGUGUUGGCUAUGAC